AUGGCGGCGCAAGACAGUUGCCUGCCUCUGCACGGGAUCAAUUUGACCGGAGCAGUGGUUCUUAUUAACGACACCAGCCGCUGUCCUCUCGAGACAGCAGCUCGAAACUACGGCAACACCAGCGCCUACGCGCUAGUCGUCGGUCUGUCCGACAACAGGCUGUUGGUGGCGCUGCUGGUGCCGGCGCUGGGGGCGCCGCUCAUGCCGGUGUUGGUGGCGCUGCUGGUGCCGGGGCUGCUGCCUGGAGCUGUAGCCGGUGCUGGUGCUGCCGCUGCUGGUGGCGAUGUGUCCAAACGAGAAAUCGCCGGCACGAAGCGUAUGACUGAAAGCAGUGUCGGCGACAUCGACGCCGAGCUGACGCCCGUCGGCAUUCUCGUCUUCGUGGUUUUCAUGUCUUCCUCGCUCGUCAUUAUAUACCUGCUCAUCCAGUAUCUCGUGUAUGUCAUUAUCGGAAUGUUUGUGCUGGCAUCGUCAGUCGCCCUCAUUGGCGUGCUCGACCCUCUGGUCCACAGGCUACCUGUCGGCACUACGAAGAUUCCCAUGAUCCCUUGCUUCUACAUCCAACUGGAAGUGCGGCAGGUGUGUGUGAUAGUGCUCUCCAUCUUGGUUUCUUUCUCGUUCGUCGUGGUCCGGCACCACCCGUUGUCCUGGUUAAUGCAGGACGCACUGGGCAUCACAUUCUGCAUCUACAUGAUCAGGACUCUGCGCAUGCCUAACCUUCAGAAAGGCGAUAGUAUCAUGGUAGAAGUAGCCCGAGGCGGUGGCACCGACGAGCUCAUACCGAUGGUGUUUCGAGUUCCUCGGCUCGGCGACCACGACCUGGCCGCUUGCUUCGGAGAGUGGACGCUCCUUGGACUCGGUGACAUCCUCAUUCCUGGUUUCUUGGUUGCAUAUGUACACGGUUUCGACCUCAUCGCGUCUCAACGCCGCUUCUAUUAUACAGUGACAGUGAUCGGAUACGGCGUGGGCCUUGUAGUGACCUUCUUGGCGCUGUUCCUCAUGAAAACCGCGCAGCCCGCGCUGCUCUACCUGGUGCCUGCAACGCUGAUCCCCGUGGUGGCGAUCGCCCGGUGUCGGGGAGAGUUGAACGACAUUUGGUACGGAUUCAAGCCCGUGACGCCUCCCCCAUCGGAGGAAGCCGAGCCGCCUGCAGUCGCCCAAGGGAAGGAGCAGCGGACGGACUCACGGCGCAAGUCCCUCGACAAGUCCGAGGAGACCACUUCGACCGAACCAUCCGGCUCCGCUGUCGGAGACCCUCCGGCCACUCGUUCGCCUGCGCAGCCGCAACGUGUCGUGAGGCCCACGAUCCCUUCGCCCGCCGGAGCUGCCUCUUCAGUACAGCCGCCCGCUCUGCUGAGCACCAUGUUUACCUUGGGAAUGCGCUAG